AUGGGGCGGUUGGCGGAUAUUUUGGUAGAAGAUGAGUUUGAUGUGACAGUCCUGCAACCAUCGCUGACCAUGGAUCUCGUCUCGAUUAAAGACGUCCAGAAGGCCAAACUCGUCACCGUGCCCCAGGCUCCCGGAGUAAACGAAGGAUGGGCCAAGACGUGGUCCCAAUUCAGGAAUCCUUGGGUCCAUGAGCCGCAGUUUGUUAAAUUGCUCGCCUCGGCCGGCCAUUUUGCUACCCAGUGCAACUAUACCAUCCAGCAAACCGACAUCAUCGAGCAGCUGAAAGCCGAAAAAUUCGAUGUUUGCUUGACCGAAAUGUUUGAUCACUGCGGAAUUGUUUUAAUGAACCUACUCGGCUGCAAAUCCAAAAUCAUAACUGCUUCUACCGUCUCUAUGGAGUCGAUCAAUCCACAUAUCGGGGUGCCAAAUAUCUACUCGUAUGUUCCAAUAUCCGUGGCCAAGGGAACCGACAAGAUGAAUCUGAAGACAAAAAUUGGCAGCAUUAUUACGAUGCUAGGACUCCGCUAUUACUACUAUCAAUUCCGCAAAGAAAUGGACAAAGUGAUUGGCUACAACUUUGGCGCCGAGCACCAAUUGACGGCUGAUCUGGUUGGGGAGAGUGAUCUCCUGUUCGCAAACUCGCAUCCGGCACUCGACUUCGCGAAGCCAUCCUUGGAGAAAAUUAUUGAUAUCGGAGGGAUAUCGUUACCAACGCCGAAACCUUUGGAUCAAGAAUGGAAAGACCUAGUGGCAAAACGGAAAAAGACGGUCUUCGUUUCUUUCGGAUCAGUUGCGAGAAGCAUUUGGAUGCCGGUGGAAUGGCGGGACUCAAUCCUGGACGCUAUGAAGCAAUUCCCCGACGUGACCUUCAUCUGGAAGUACGAGAAGCCGGAGGACAAUUUCACGGCAUCGGCGCCGAAUGUAAAACUGACCGCCUGGGGGCCGCAGUUGGAUUUGUUGGCGUCCGGCAAGAUCGAUCUCUUCGUGAGCCACGGCGGCCUUGGAUCGGUUUAUGAGACGUCACUUUCCGGAGUUCCCGCAAUUUUCGUGCCCCUCUUCGCCGACCAAUUCCGGAACGCCUACAUGUGCCAAGCCAAAGGAUUCGCCGAGGUGGCGACGAAGGAUCGGCUGAUUGAUACCAAAUUUUUGGUGGACAUGUUGGGCAAGAUGCUGAAUGAUGACAAGUACAAAACUAGCGCUAUGGAGACAGCAAGAAGAAUGAAGUCUCGGCCUUUCAGUUCCCGCGAAUUGUUUGUAAAAUGGACCAAAUUCGCAGCAUCUGAAGGCAGACUCGACUUCCUCGACCCGGCCGGCCGCAAAAUGGGCUUUUUCGAGUACUUCUCUCUGGAUGUGGUCGCCAUAUUCUUAUCCGCGAUUACGGUCGUGCUCCUGGUGGUCUACUUGAUUGUCAGGAUAUUUUUGAAGCUCGUACUCCGGAUAUUCGGGAGCUCUGAAAAACACAUCAUGACUGCCGUGCAAAUUCACUGUGGGACCCAGACGACCGGGUCAAAGUCUUCGCGCCAUUAUCGGCGCUUUGUUAUCUUAUUCGUUAGCUUCUUCUUUCUGGCAUUUUUGCAUUCUGGCUUCAUCAGCUACAACUGUGGCAUCGUGGCAAAGAGCGAUUUAUCGACUAGCCCGCUAUAUGAUGAGGACAUUUUUCACAUCAACCGCUCGAUUAUUGACUGGGACGGCUCUCAUCUCUCCCUCGAAGACCGUCGCUUUGACUUCACGGCCACCGAGUUGGGCUGGGCGCGGGCCGCUGGCUUCGCGGGCGCAAUGUUCGGGGUGCCGUUUCUUGGAUGGGCAAGCCCUCGACUCGGGAUUCAUCUAUUAAUGUCUGGAAUGGGACUGAUGGUGGCUGUCGCUUGUUUCAUUCAUCCGAUCGUUGUAUCGUGGUCAUUUCCGGUCUUUGUGGCGCUGCGCUUUAUUAUCGGGACCGUCCUGGCCAUCCUAUUCACCGCCGCCGGCGACGUCAUCACCAAAUGGGCCCCGAUGGAGGAGCGAGGGAUUUGGGUGGCGAUUUUGACCGGACAUCGCGAGUUCUCCGCCCUGUUUGCCGCCCCGUUCGGAGGAUUUCUGGGAUCGUCAGUCUCCUGGCCGGCCAUCUACUACUCGCACGGCGGGUUGGCCCUAAUUUUCACCGUUCUAUGGAUCUUGCUCCAUAAAAAUGAUCCCCGUAAAAUAAAGUGGUUGAAGCAAGACGAAUUGGAUCAGAUUUUGGAUGGAAAGGAGGAGAUGCUCGUUAAAAAGGCCAAAAAGACGGCAAUCUCCCCACUCAAACUCAUCAAAACCCCUGUAAUCAUCGCCACCUGGGUGGCGUGUUGCGGGUAUUAUUUUGCCGUGGAAUUCGCCAUCGCAUUUUCUAUCGUCUACUACUCUCAAGCCCUGCAUUUCUCGAUUUCGACUGGCGGGAUUUUUGCGAUGAUUGCACUCAUCCUAUUGCUACUUAUUAAAAUUAUCACCGGUCAACUGUCCGACAAGCUGCACCAUAUCAGUGAGCUGACCCGGAUGCGGAUAUUCAAUUCUGUGGCGCUGUUUGGGUCGGCUGUUUUCUUUAUAAUCGCUUCUUUCUGGGAGCCGAAUGGGAGUUGGAUGGAUAUUGCUGUGAUCGUACUCCCGGUAUGUAUCCUCGGUGUCCACAGUGGUGGCUACCCAAAAUGUGUGGUCAUCGUCGCCAAGCAGCACUCGCCGACCGUUUUCGCUUACAUGCAGCUAUUGGGAUGUGCCAUUCUUGUCGCCGGGUCUUUCGUAGUACCCGCCAUGACUCCAACUGGCUCCCACCAGGAAUGGGCCCAAGUUUUUCGCAUUUAUGCCGCCGUCCUGGUCGUUUCUAACGUGAUAUUUUGCUAUUGGGCUUCUGCUGAACCCUGUGAAUGGACCAAGGCCAAUCCGGAAACGGCUGAUGUCGAAGCGCCGCCACCAAGUCGGGAAACCAGGAGGCCCUCAGAUAUCGGUUCUGCUAAA